CCACUAUCCUCGGGCGAGUCCAGUCCCUUUUUCCUUCCCAUCUCAUCCUCGUUGCACGAUGUCUGAAGUUUUCAAUCCCUACACUAAGGCCCCGCCUCUCUCCAAGCCGACGGCGGAGCCAUUAUUUGGGUUCCUGGCCCGCAAUGUUGUCUCAGUGCAGGUCACAAAAGCAAUGGAGGGAGAUGUCAACCCGUUCACGAAGCAACCUCACAGCGCGCAAUACAAGAGGAUCCUUGAAGUUCGCAAGAAGCUGCCUGUGUUCGCGCAAAUGCGGGAGUUCUACGAAAUGUUCAACAAGCACCAGAUUAUAGUCAUGGUUGGUGAGACUGGUUCAGGCAAGACAACACAAAUACCACAGUUUGUGUGCUACUCCGAUCUUCCGCACGUGAAGGGCAAGAUGGUCGCGUGUACCCAGCCACGUCGAGUUGCCGCCAUGUCGGUAGCCAAGCGUGUCGCUGACGAGAUGGACGUGCCGCUUGGCAAGCAGGUUGGCUACUCGAUCCGUUUCGAAGACAUGACAGAACGAGGAACGACGUUCUUGAAGUACAUGACCGAUGGUAUGCUUCUCCGUGAAGCGAUGAACGACCCAGAUCUGCUACGAUACUCCACGAUCAUCCUUGACGAAGCGCACGAACGUACGCUCGCUACAGAUAUUCUCAUGGGUCUACUCAAAGCCUUGGCUAAGCGCCGCUCCGACCUCAAAAUCAUCGUCAUGUCCGCGACACUUGACGCCCUCAAGUUCCAAAAAUACUUCUCUCUCAUACCAGGCGAGCCAGCGCCGCUGUUCAAAGUUCCCGGACGGACCCAUCCCGUUGAGGUGUUCUACACCCAGGAGCCUGAACCCGACUACGUUGAGGCUGCUAUCCGCACGGUGCUGAUGAUUCACCGCGCCGAAGAUCCUGGUGAUAUCCUCCUCUUCUUGACUGGUGAAGAAGAGAUCGAAGACGCAUGUCGGAAGAUCAAAUUAGAGGCUGAUGACCUUCUCAACCAAGACCCAGACGCCGUUGGGCCACUCGUGUGCAUUCCCCUCUACUCGUCACUGCCCCCACAACAACAGCAGCGCAUCUUCGACCCGCCACCAUCGUCUCGCACUCCUGACAGCCCGCCUGGCCGCAAGGUCGUCGUGUCGACAAAUAUCGCCGAGACGUCGCUCACCAUCGACGGUAUCGUCUACGUCGUCGACCCUGGCUUCUCAAAGCAGAAGGUGUACAACCCCCGCGUCCGUGUCGAGUCCCUUCUCGUCUCUCCGAUCUCCAAAGCCUCUGCGCAACAGCGUGCGGGCCGUGCGGGUCGCACUAGGCCCGGCAAGUGUUUCCGUCUGUACACGGAGAAAGAUUUCAUGACGGAGCUCGAGGAGCAAACACAUCCCGAGAUCCUCAGGAGCAACUUGUCGAAUGUCGUGCUGGAGCUCGUCAAGCUGGGCAUCAAGGACCUGGUGCGCUUCGAUUAUGUCGAUGCACCCGCGCCGGAGACUUUGAUGCGUGCGCUGGAGCUGCUCAACUACCUCGCUGCGCUGGACGACGACGGCAACCUCACCCCUCUUGGGGGCAUCAUGGCCGAAUUUCCCCUUGAUCCUCAGAUGUCCAAGAUGCUUAUCGUCAGCCCAGAGUUUAACUGCAGCAAUGAGAUUCUAACUAUCGUCGCCAUGCUUUCUGUUCCCAACGUCUGGAUACGUCCGCCAAACCAGCGUAAGGAGGCCGAUGCGGCGAAACAGCUGUUCACGGUGCCAGAUGGCGACCAUCUCACGUUUUUGAACGUCUACAAUAACUACCAAGAGAACAAACACGACAAAAACUGGGCCUGGACCAACUACCUCUCGAGCCGUGCGCUGAUGCAGGCCGAGAACGUGCGGGCACAGCUCGAACGCACGAUGGAGCGCUUCGAGGUCUCCCUCGUGUCGACACAGGACGAGCGCAAGCUGUACCUCAACGUGCGCAAGGCGCUCGUCUGCGGCUACUUCAUGCAGGUCGCGCACCGGGAGGGCGAGAAGAACCAGUACAUGACGGUGAAGGACAACCAGGUCGUCGGCCUGCACCCGUCGUGCGGGCUUGACAACUCGCCCGAGUGGGUCAUCUUUAACGAGUUCGUGCUCACGACGCGGCCGUACGUCCGCACGGUGACGACGGUCCUGCCCGAGUGGCUGCUGGAGUACGCGCCGUCGUACUUCAGGCUGGACGACUUCAAGGACAGCGAGAUGAAGCGCGCGCUCGUUCGUGUCGUGAACAAGCGUGCCGGCAAGCGUGACUACCCCACCGAGGACAAUCGCAAGGUCAAGAAGCUGCGCAAGUAGAGCCUCGUCGCUCGCUCGCCCACCAUCGAGAUUGGACUGCUUGUGUUUUGUGCUUUGUUGGUUUUUGGUGUCUGGUACCGUAGACAGUGUGGCUUCUCGUAUAGCAAUAGCUUUCAGUUUAUUGUGGUCUGAUGGCGCGAAACGGUUGCGUACGUGCUCUUCACAACUUGCGCAAAGACAACACGCGGCAAGGGGUGCACACGCCUCAUCCACAUCCUCACCGUUCGCCAAACAAAAAAAUAACGACGCUGACCAAUAUUACAUACACUUCUGAGUGAUACCUACUCUAUUCUAUAUUUAUUCCAAAGGAGAAAUCAGGCUGUGUGUAAACACCUAUACAUCCCCCUCUCUACCCAAACAACGCGUCGUCGCUACCAAACAGGGACCCUUCACCCCACCCGAGCCCGCCGUCGCAGCGCAGCUCGGCGCCGGCGCCGGCGGCCGACGCGAUGACGGGCAGAGGGUACGCGAGGCCCAAGCUCU